AAACCGCAUUAAAGGAUGCAGGAGCGUCCGAAGACGGAAGUGAAGCGCGUGACGGGUUUGGGAAUUGUACAGGGAGAGGGACAUGGACAGGGACCGGUCAAACCGCCUCGUCUGAAGGCCGCGAAAAAGCAUUUGCAAUUCGAGAGUCCACUGCCACGUCGGACACGCGCCAGGCACAAGCAGCAGCAGCAGCAGCAGCCAGACAAAGUCAUUGCUAUGCCGAGCAACAGCCAGGAUGCGGACACGGAUGCGGCAGCGGAAGUUCGAGUGGACGUGCCAGAAACAGAGCCACUACCAGUGCCACUACCAUCAUUGAUCGAAGCAGCAUUCAGGCAGGAUUCAGUGUCACAGUCGGCGGCCAUAAAAAGACGUCUCGCCGAGGGCUGCAGCAGUCUUAUGUAUGCGUGUCAGCGCGGCGACAUUGUCCAAGUGUUAGCCCAGAUGCGCGCCAAGCCCCAGCUGCUGCGGCAAAGGGACCGCAGCAAUCGGAACGCGCUGCACUACUGUGCCGCGCAGGAUCUGGAGCAGACAAGAGACCUCGUGGCGGCGGCCAGCAUCGCCAUCGCAGCCCCCGAGCUGCUGGAGUCCGCCGAUGAGGAUGGCUUCACGCCGCUUCACUUGGCUGUUAUUCAGGGCAACUUGGCGAUGGUCAACUUGCUGCUAGCGAACAAAGCCGACGUGAAUGCGGUGGACAAUGAGGGUCACUCGGUGGUGCACUGGGCAACGGUUUGCGGCGAGGUGGAGUCCCUGCGCGUUGUCCUCUCGGCUGGGGCAAAUGUCGCCCAGCCGGAUGUGAAUGGCGGCACUCCGUUGCACUAUGCCGGCCAGAUGUGCGGCGCCAGCUACGACAGCAAGCAGCAGUCCAGCAACUCCAGCAAACUGGCACUGGAAAUACUCGGCAUUCUGCUCUCCCAUCCACAGAGCUGUGUGGAUGUGCAGGACAAGGAUGGGCGGCAGCCGCUGCUGUGGGCUGCCUCAGCGGGCUCGGCCAAGGCGGUGAUUGCUUUGGUCAAAGCGGGCGCCCGUGUGGAGAGUGCUGAUAAAGAUGGCCUCACAGCCCUACACUGCGCUGGCUCACGUGGCCACACGGAGUGCAUUGAUACGCUAAUCAGCCUGUGCGGCGCUCCAACCGAUCUCAUCGACUCCAACGGCUGCACGGCGCUGCACUAUGCCGUGACCCUGGGCCAUGCCGAUUCCACUGCCCGUCUGCUGGACCUGGAGGCGGAUCCCAAUCGACAGGAUCGCAAGGGGCGUACGCCGGCUCAUUGUGGCUGCGCCAAGGGACAGUUCGAGACGUUGAAGCUGUUGAAGGAGCGCGGCGCGAAUCUGUGGCUGCGGAAUGCCAAGGGAGAUCUGCCGCUGCAUGAGGCAGCUGCCUCCGGGCGCAGAGAGCUCGUGGAAUGGCUGCUGGCACAGCGAUCCAAGCAGGUGAACACCACCAGCAACGAUGGACGCAGUUUGCUGCACAUUGCGGCGGCCAAUGACUACACGGACAUGUGCAAGCUGCUGCUGGACUAUGGAGGGGACGUGAAUGCCGUUUAUCGCAACUCCCGAGGCCUCGUGCUGACACCUCUGGAUGGAGCACUGCAGCGGGGACAUCGCUCGACGGCCAAGUUCCUGCAAGCGAAUGGUGGACAGCCCUCGAACAAGGUGAAACUCACCACACGACGGGGCAAUCCCUUCCACGAAGCCAAUGCUGCGGAUCUGGUGAGGCCCCUCAAGUAUGUGGAGAAGGAGGAGGUGCAGGAUCUGCGCAGCUCCAAGAAGUAUGUCGUGUAUCUCAAGCGUUCUGAUGAGGAUAAUGGGAGUGGCAACGGCCAUGGCCAGGAGGAUGCCGACUGCAGCUGUGCGGAGCAAACCUACCGCAAGGAGCAGCGUCUGAAACACAUUUGCAGGCGCCACAAGCGGCGACAGCUGCGCCGGCGCACCAGCAGCUGCGGCGAGUCCAAGCACGAAAAGUGCAGCGAUUUGUGCCGCUCCAAGAGCAACAUUGAGAUCAGGCGACGCAGGAGCCGAGGAGAGCGCUAUGCCAGCUCCAGCGAGUGGGAGGGCGAGGAGUACGACGAGGACUCCUGCGAGAACUGCUGCUACCACAAGCGAAGGAAGGAGCGUGUGGUCUCCCGCAAGCGUUCCACAUCUUCCCGACGCUCGAAAGAGCAGCGAGAAAGCGAUGAGGCGGCCAGUGAGGAUAACAAGUCGAAUGGAUCGGCAGUGAAGGGUUCCAGGAAGCAGAUUGAGGUGCACGGCGACCAAGAACAGUCGGGCAGUGCCAAGGAACGCCCCCAGUCCGCCAGCAAACUCCAAACGCCACCGUCCACAGCCAACAAGGAGCGUACCUUCAUCAAGUCGCCGCCGCAGAGCGCCAAGAGCGAAAGGAGCGGCCUGCCAGCGGAGACCCUGCAGGUGGUUGACACGCAUGCCGUGGAGCUGACAGACGAGGAACAGGAGGCGGCCAAGUCUGUGGUGACCCAAGUCGAUGUGCAUCACGAUGCCGAGCAGCAGACAUCCAAAUCGUCGGAGGAAUUGGAACAACCAUCAGCCACAGAGGUGCAGCAGCAGUCGGAGCCUGAGCCCAAGCUGCAGCUCAGCGAGGAGGAGACGCAGUUGGUGUCCAAGGAGGUGGAACAGGUUAUCAAAAUAGCAGCCACUGCGCUGAGCAGCGAGUCCAAGAGCUCCACCGAAGAGCCACCGGCAGAGCUGAAGGAGGAGCAGCAGCAACCCGAAAAAGUGGCAAAAGAAAACCCACCCACACCCACACCUGAGCCACAGCCACAGCCAGAGUCAGCGCCCCCUGUACCUGCCACGCCCACACCGCCAGCAGUCAGCGCUGAAGGUGGCGAAGGGGAAACGCCCAAGCCACAGACAACCGCAGAGGCGGAAGCCCAACCACAGUCAGAGGCUGGUGGGGAGCCAUCAAAAGCAUCAACAGCAUCUGCUGGCAAAAAUCGAGAGCAGCCGGCACCCAGCUCCAGCCCCAGCACUCCUCCCCCGUCAGAGCCGCAGGUUGAGCCAAAAAAGCCGCCAACCGCACAGCAGCCGCGCCCUGAAACACAAGCCCCAGCCCGAGCCACUGCCCCAGCUCCUGUGCCGUCUCCAGCUGCCAGCCAGGCGCAGUCCCAGGAGCAGCAGCCGCCGCAACGGGAGCAAGAGUCGAGACGUUCGUUCACACUGCUGCCCUCGGAUUCGGCGGACGAUGACCCAGUUGCAGAUGCCCCGGGGGGCAAUGCGAAUGCAAAUGCUUCCGAUGAGCCACUGGCCACUGAGCGCAAAUCGAGCUUCCAAGUGCUGAAGAGCGACGAGUCCGCGGGGGAGCCCGCGGAGCGUGCAGCGCGUCCCGCAAGGAGCGGCACCAGCAAUCAAGUCUUUCAAGUGGUGGCCGAAGGCAGCGCGGCAGCGGCCAAGCUGCCCAGCGCCGCAGAGCUGGAGCAGUUGGACUACGACUAUGAGGAGUACGACGCUGAGGAGUACGACGACGACGAUAUCGAUGGCAUUGACCCAGAGCACGACAGUGCGCUGCGUCGCUUCCUGAGCAGCGGCAAUCGGCAUGGCGUGGGUGGAGCAGCGGCAGACGCGGCCACAGCCACCAGUGACGCCACGGGAGCCGCUGGAGCCUACGAUGCGAUGGCCAAUGGCCGCAAGCGACGCCUCAAGAAGCGCGUGCGCAGCGGAGCAAAGACGCGCAGCAAUUGGAAGAAUGCCCAGGAGACCCGCGACGGCGGCACUGCCGUGCUGACCAGCAAGGAUCAGGACUCGGGCUUCGAGCCCAGUCCGCGGGCAGAGCGCAGCAAGAUACCCACCCUGCGGUCCGCCCACACGGCCAUGCCGCGACGCCCCAUCUACGCCACCCUGGACGGUCGUUCGUGCAGCAGCCGCCUGGAGAAUCGGAAGCCCGGCGAUAAGGGCGCCUGCGACAUGGCCGCCGUCACGCGCUCCAUUCAGCGCAACAUUCGUAGAUAUUACAUGGAGCGCAAGAUCUUUCAGCAUCUGCUGGAGCUCAAAUCGCUGCAGAUACGUUCCAGCAAGCUGAACGAGGCGGUGCUGGUGAAGCGGGCCGUCGAUGACUACCACAAGUCGUGUGUGCUGCUGAACGGGGAGACGGGCACCAGGCUGCGGCGCUACAACUUCAGCGAGUACACGUUCAAGAACUUUGAACUCUUCCUGUACGAGACGCUCAAGGGACUCCAGAAGCCGGGCACCAACAACUUCCAGAACAUCAACGAUGUCUACGAGGAGGCGGAGCGGCGACUCAGUCCGGACUACAAUGCCUACGAGAAGGCGCUGCAGUGCACCACGAAGACGCAUCGCUGCCUGCAUGCGGCUCACGCCUACACGGGCAUUCCCUGUGCCGCCUACAUUCCCAUGAUGAAUCACCACACGAUGCCCAAGUUUGGCUUUGGACCGUACAAGAAGACCGGCAGCGUGAGCAGCUUCUUUCUGCCCAAAAUACUCACCAGCGGUCGUGCCUCCAGCGGACGCGUCGGCGGCCUCGGUGGCGGCGACGCUGGCAGCCGCUGCAACCACAAGGUUGCCCUGGAGCUGUCGCAUGGCAAGAACAAGCAACUAAUUUCACUGCCAGCGGAAAAGUUGGACAGCAAUAAACGCUAUUAUGUGACGUUCACAGUUAAGGACUCCUCGGGGCAUGGCAGUGCCAUCGAGUCGCACAAACAAUACCAAAAGCAAUGCCGGAAUACUGCGGGCGAGCCACCAGGCGGUGGCAAGUAGCCCCACUCCCCGCCACCGUAUACGUAAUGUGGUGGCAUGCAGUGCGUACAGCCAGUCGCUCCAAUGCCAUUGCCAUCAGCCCUCGUCACUGGCCUCGGCCCCGCAUACCGUUCCCUGCUGUUGCUGCUGCUGCUGCUGCAAAUGCAUUAAAACAAUGCCAUUGCAACAUUUUGUGUCGCUGCUGUUGCUGUUGUUGUGACCACCCGUUGUCCGCUGUCCGUUAGCAUUUUUUUGCCGUUUGUUUCCUGUUCGGGCUGCUGGCGGAAAACCAUGAAAAAAACCAGAGCUUGCAGCUGGCAUAUUAGACGUUGCUGCCCGGCGAGCUGCUGCUUCCCUGAGCUCUUCCUGGGUAUUUCCCAUUCGAGUCGCGUGCUGAUCCUGCAUCCUGCUGCACUCUAAGAUGGCCAACUGCUGAUAAUGGAUGAUGGCGCUGCUCUGCGGCUGUCAGUUGAAGUUGUCACGCCAGCAGCGUUGCAUGCAGCAGCAGUAACGGCAGCUUAAAUUAUGUGCUCCUGCCACCCCGUGCCCGUGUGUGAGUGCUGCGGCUCCUCCACCCAUUCUGUUUUGUUGGCUUGUUUCGUUUUUUUCUUCACAUUUUCCUGUUUUUCUCCCCCUCCACCGUUUGCUUGUUUGUUUGUCUGCCGCUGCUGCUGCGCUUUUAUUUCAGUUUUUCAUUAUAAUUUUUUGUCGUUGCUGCUGUGUGGGAGGGUGGGGAGGGGAGGGCUGCUGCUGCUGCUUGGGAUGCUUCUAAUGCCACAGAUAAGCGUUGUUAUUAACGCUCGGCUUACCAGGACUAGGCGACAGGCGUGAGGACAUGCCGCCCAUCGUCGCUUUUGUAGUCAAACAGUACAAAAAGCAGCAGGGGAAAACCCAGAGACCAGAGACCAGAGCAGCAGCAGGAACAGCAGGAGCAACAGCCACAAACAAACACGGAACAAAAGCAGAAGCAAAAGCAAAAGCAGAAGCAGAAGCUGACGCUGAAGCAGAUUCGGAAUCAGAAUAAGCGAAUGAAUAAAUGUAAAAUAUGUACCGUGCAUUUCUUUGGCAUUUCAACAUUUUUACUUUAUUUGCAAUUUUAUUUACUUGUCUGCUUUCGCGACCCGGCAGGGGGUGCUGACGCUGCCUCGCCCCUACCUAUCUGCCCCCAACCGCUCUCCGCUCUCCGCUCUGCUGGAGGAGCCAACCAUUGAAGCCGUUGUUUGUCUGUUUGCUUACUUUCGCGCUGAGUGCAUUGUAAAUGGAGAAUAAUUGCACUGCAUACAAAAAGCGUCGCGAUUUUUAAAUUGUAUAAACCAUCGAGCAGGGCAGGGCAGGGCAGGGAGGAGUUCCCGCAGUGGCAGCAACAGGAGCAGCAGCCUUAAAUUGAUUUCAUUACAUGUAUCAAACUAUUUCGCAUUUAAAGAGUUUACGCAGUAGAUCUAAGUCUAAGGCAGCUGUCGCUAAAUAAA